UGAUUGAUUUACAUGCUUCACAAACAAAGCACUACUGGACGCCUCCAACACCGUCACUGUACGAUGGGAUGAUAAUAUCUGUCGACAAUGACUACCGUAUUCAAAGCUAUUUGACACCGAAUUGGCACUGGACUGGUACUGGCGAACGUUAUCCACCCGAGAAUGAGUGAAAAAUUAGGACUUUCCAAUGGUGUUCUUAACCAAGUGUUUUCGGUUUGCACGAUUAACAUCAUAAACCUCGCUCAUGGCACAACACUCGGGUGGCUGUCUCCGUUCCUUCCGCUGCUCCAGUCGGAAAAUUCACCGUUGGAAACGGGACCAGUGACCAUCGAGCAAGGUUCAUGGAUCGGAUCGAUUCUCUGCCUAGGAGGUUUGGCAGGUGCAAUCAUCUACGGAAGCCUUACCAGCAGACUCGGCGUGAAACGAUGUAUUUCAUGCAUAAUUAUUCCAAACAUCAGCUUUUGGGUGAUUGUGUAUUUUGGAACAUCGGUAUAUCACCUUUAUAUUGCCAGAUUUAUAGCAGGGGCAACGGGGGGAGGUAUUAUGGUUACUUUUCCUCUUUUCAUAGCCGAUAUCUCCGAUAACAAAAUCCGUGGAAUCCUGGGAUCGUGCAUGGCUCUCUUUGGCAAUUCUGGCAUUCUUCUAAUGUACAUUGUUGGUGAUUUGUUGUCUUACAGGACAGUUCCUUUGGUGAUGAUGUCUGUGCCUCUUUUGUUCGGAAUCAUCAUGUACUUCAUACCGGAAACGCCUCAAACGUUGCUUAGAAAGCGAAAGGUUGAAGAAGCUGCAAAAUCUUUGAAAUUUUUCAAAGGAAUUACUCCUGGUACAAAAGACAUGAUUGCGUUUGAACGCGAUUUCGAAGUAUUACAAAACUUUGUAACAAAUAGCAAAGCUCAAACCACCAAGCUACAACUAAGUGAUUUCACUUCACCACAAGCCAAAAAGGGAAUAUUUAUUGGAAUUUUCCUAAUGUUUCUAAAUCAAUUUUGUGGAAUUUUCGCCAUCCUCACCUAUGCGGUUACAAUCUUCCAAGAGUCCGGAUCCGAUCUGAGCCCCGGUGCAUCAGCCAUCAUCAUCGCGGCAAUCCAAAUCCUCGGCACGGUGGCUUCGUUCGUUUUCGUUGAUUUGGCCGGAAGAAAAGUUCUGCUGCUGGUUUCCACCUUUGGCACAGGAGUUGGGCUAAGCUGCUUGGGAACUUUUUCAUGGUUGAAGGAGCAUCAAUUCGAUUUAACAGGAUUUGGUUGGAUUCCUGUUGUUAUCCUGUCGAUUACGAUGUUCAUUUUCUGUGUUGGUUUGUGUAGCAUUCCAUUUUUCGUAUUACCGGAAAUACUGCCGGCAAAGAUUUGCAACGUUGGGAAUACCAUCAGCAUGAUUUCAAUUACAAUAUUUUCAUUCGUGGUUCUCAAGAUUUUACCGAUUAUGCUGGAGCAGAUUGAGCUUUACGGUGCAACUGCAGUGUUUGCUGGUACAUGCUUUGUCGGUGUUAUUAUUAUUGCCAUAGUCAUUCCAGAAACCAAAGGGAAGAACUUAGUUGUUCCAGAGAGUGUUUGAGUUUGAAUGCCUACCACAGAUCUCAGAUGUGGUCUUUGAUCGAAGUCAAAAUGUACAAAACAUACGGUGCGCAGUAAUAAA